UGUCACUGAUGAGAGGAGGCUGCUGCGCCACCGAGGAGCGAAGGGCGCAACUCCACAGCUCAACCCGCAAUUAUGACCCUGCUUCUGUCCAUCACUUUCAAACAAAGCUUUAUGCUUUUUUAUUUUUAAUUUGUUUUUAAAUUUUAUUAUUAUUUUUAGUUGUUUUUUUUUUUUUGUUGGGGGAGCAUGAGUUUAAUUUUGCGUAAACUGCAGAGGUGCCUGAGGGAGUGAGUUUGGGCACUAUGCGCCGCUGGGAUCCGAUUUGCACCAGGAAGGCUUAUGGAAUAUUAUAGGCCGGUUUUCCACAGUCUGCAUGCAUUCUGCUCCAGCACCGUGAAGAAGAAACUUCUCCUGCUCAGCAUCAUGUUCAUAGUCUGGGUUUACAUGCUCUACUCCUGCGUGGGCUCCUGCUCCACGGUGCCCGGUCAGGUGAUGUUGGACACCCCCUCCGCCAGAGAGAGCGCUCCAGCGGCGGGCAGGAGGUCGGACCUGGUGUCCAGACUGCUGGCCAAGCCGCAGCCCUGGGAGGACGUGGAGAGCGACUACGAGGAGCCGCCCAUCAGGACGGCGGCGUCCAGAGACCUGCUGGACGCGGACCGGGGUUUGAAUCCAAGCGGCAUGUCCAGCUUCUCCAACGGCUCCGGGAGCAAGAAGCUCCCCCAGGCGAUCAUCAUCGGGGUGAAGAAAGGAGGGACCCGAGCUCUGCUGGAGUUUCUGCGGGUUCAUCCGGACAUCAGGGCGGUGGGAGCGGAGCCGCACUUCUUUGACCGCAACUAUGACAACGGCCUGGAGUGGUACAGGGAUCUGAUGCCGAAAACCCUGGAGGGCCAGAUCACCAUGGAGAAAACUCCCAGCUACUUUGUGACCAGAGAGGCACCGGCGAGGAUAUCCGCCAUGUCCAGGGACACCAAACUGAUCGUGGUAGUGAGGGACCCUGUCACCAGAGCCAUCUCAGACUACACGCAGACUCUGUCUAAGAAGCCCGAUAUUCCCUCCUUUGAGAGUCUGACCUUCAAAAACAGGACUACGGGGCUCAUUGACACCUCGUGGAGCGCCAUCCAGAUCGGCAUCUACGCCAAGCACCUGGAUAACUGGCUGCAGUACUUCCCCAUGGACCAGAUCCUCUUUGUUAGCGGCGAGCGUCUGAUCACCGACCCGGCCGGAGAGCUGGGCCGCGUGCAGGACUUCUUGGGCCUCAAGAGGAUCAUCACAGACAAACACUUUUACUUCAACCAGACCAAGGGAUUCCCGUGUCUCAAGAAGGCAGAGGGCAGCAGCAAGCCUCACUGCCUGGGAAAAACCAAAGGGAGAACCCAUCCGAACAUUGAUCCCGAGGUGGUGCAGAGGCUACGGGACUUCUACAGACCCUUCAACAUGAAGUUCUACCAGAUGACCGGACAUAACUUUGGUUGGGAUUAAAGCCCAAGUCGAGACAGACAUCCUUUUUUUUUAUUUUCCUAGUUUUUAUUUUUUUUUCUAUGUAAUUCAUUGGCAAAAGUGGAGAUAUGGCUAUAUAUAUGUAAACUGUACAGAGAUCUAUUUUAUAAUAAUUUAUUUUUAUUUCUAAGCAAUUAAUUCACUAAGCUGCCUAACCAGAUUUGUACAUAACAUCCUUCCCAUAUUUUGUUUUUAACAUUCCUCAUCUUAUUUUGGUUUUCUCUGGCUUCACACCUGUAGUCCUGUAAAUUCCUGGUGCUGCAAAAAAAAAAACGGAUGAUCGGCAAAGACUGUAGUCCAAACUGUUUUAGAGAAUCUGGAAACGUAGAGAUGCACCAAUCAGCCAGCUAGAGAUUGGAAUCGACCAAUCAGUUCUUUGCAUUUGCUCUGAUUUGUGAUUGACAGCUCAAAUACUAGCUCCCAUUAUGAUGAGUUUCUAAAUGCAUCAAUGAACUUUUGAUGCAGUUUUUGUAGUUUUAAGGAGACUUGAGAGUGUAGAUUAGGGACAUAUGUUUAUAUACGGGAUCAUUUUAUAAUUCCUUUAUUUUUUUUUUUUGUUGGAUUUAAAAACUGCUACCUCUAUCAAACGACCAUUUCCACCAUUUUCUGCAUUAUAACAAUAAGAAGAAAAAAGUAGUAGAUCUGAUUUCAAUCAGGAAAAGUCUGAUUGGUUCAUCUCUGGAUAAAAGCGCCACAUUACGGGUACAGAUUGCUCAGAGAAGUGGAGAGCACCUUUUUAUGUUCAUUCUUAGUUAACGUGUUGGUAUAACUUCAUUUUAUCGCAAUGUGUCUAUGUUCAUUUAUAUAAAUUAGUUUUGUUCACUGUCAUUGGCCUGAGCUGCAGAACCUGUGUCCACUUCCACCCAGUAACUGGCUGAUCAAUAAGGCCUAAUUGAUACGCAUUGUGUCUCUCAUGCUUAAAGCAUACAGCUGCCCUUUCAUUUUCAGUACUCCUGCUGCCUGCUCUAAUGAGUGAUCCAUCCAUCACACAGUAAAUCCCAUCUCCAACCACAUAAGAGCCAUGUUAACAUUAUGCUAAUCGGGUAAAGGUAACUUGGAGAUCGAUCGCCCCCCUCUCUUCGCUGCUAACUCCCGCGUUGGCUCCGAGCCGAGCUCCUGCCCUAUCCGCUCAGACCAAAGGUCAUACUAAGUCUCAAUCAAAUUUCCUUGAAAGGCAUUUGAUUUGUUGAGGUAAGGGAAGCGGGUCAGAGGGAGUGUGGGUCUCGUUUUCCCUGAGAGACUGAAAAGCCUUUGCAGGAGGCUGCAGAUGCAUAUCUGCAAGAGAUUUAGCAUGUAGAUACGGAAGAUGAGAAACGCCUCGCUUAGAUGGCACUUGUUCAAACGGAAGUGUGCAAGGCCUGGUCUUUAAAGACAGACUAACCGGUUAAAGAAAAAUAAACGGAUGUCUUGAAACCAAUUCAAAUUAAAACCCCAAACUUCAUUGUAUUUUAUUGGGAUCAGAUUUAUUUUUCUUUUAUUACACCAUCACAAGUACAGAGCAACGAAAGUCACUCUCUGCAUAUAACCUAUCCCCUUGGGGAGCAGUGGGCUGCCAUCAUGCGGCGCCCGGGGAGCAGUGUAGGGUUAAGGGUCUUUCCUCAGGGAUCCAGAGCGGUAGUUUGUGCAGAACCUCUGGAUUCCAAGCUCUAUGCCCUAACCACUAGGCCGCCACUCACCUAAAAUUCUUGGGAUCGCCGAAGUUUUGAAUGCCAGGUUAAAGCGGGGAUUGAAUCCACACCUUUGAAGCUUUGAGGCGGUCACCUCCCGCAGUGAGUUUAACUGCAGCAAAAAAUCUCUGCAUUCAACCCAUCCCCUUGGGGAGCAGUGGGCUGCCAUUGUGCGGCACCCAGGGAGCAGUGUAGGGUUAAGGGUCUUUGCUCAGAGCCAGAGUGGGAGUCUGUGGGAGUCGGGCUUAAACUCAGGAUCUCAGAAUUCCAAGUUCUAUGCCCUAACCACUAGGGCUCCGCUCCGCAAGCUGUGACAGACUAACAAAAAGAGCUGAAUUGUCAAGUUUUAAUAAAGAUAUGACAAUAUUCACUUUGUUCAUCCAUAGCGGGACCCGUUUGUACGGAAGAGGAUUAGGGCCACUGAAAAAAAAAAAAAAAAGUAAACUGAUUUUUGAAUUUUAUUUCAGUUUAACAUGAGAAAAAAGUCAGAAUUCUGAGA